AUGGGUGAUCAUAUGGCGGAUGCCAAUCACGAAGAUAUAUAUAUGCUUUCCCCCGACAUAUCCUCGAUCAAUCGACCGGAGAAUCGAAUCCUAGCGUAUGCUAUCGACCGAAAUAAUCCUGAUACAGAUGAAGAUGAAGAGGAAGAGGAAGAGGAAGAAUGGGGCGGAAUAUCCCCUUUGAAUGUUGGAAGUCCUGCUCAUAAGGUCGAAGAGGAGGAAUUAUAUCCUGCGGAAGCUGAUGAGUCUGAGCAUGACAGCCAACAAUCUUCAUCUGAAGGGGGCUCUUUGGCAGAUGACGAAGCGGAGUCAGAAGAGGACGAAGACGGUUGGAACAGCGAGAUUCGACAAUCUCAGGACGAGGGCCCUGGAGCUGGCCCGCAAAGUGAGGAAGAACAAGAGCAAGCUGCCAAGGAGGCCUCUGUGAAAGUGGACAGAGAAGAGGACAAAGAAGAGGACAAAGAAGGGGACGAAGAAGGGGACGAAGAAGGGGACGAAGAAGAGGAAGAGUAUUAUGGUGGGGAAGAAUAUUAUAUAGAUGGUGCAGAAGAUGAUAAUGGCGAAGAAGAACAUUAUCCGAACGAUCAAGCAGAUGAUUGGUACGGUGAAGAACACUAUCUGAUAGACCACCAAUUCGACAACGAAGGUCUUUUCAGAGCUGAAGAAGCGAUUUUAGAAUGGAAUGAAGGUGUGGAAGUUCAACAUGUUCAUCCUGGUGUCUCCCAUGUUCGAAAACGAUCUCCUUCUCCAACCGAUAUCAGGGAUCAAAGAGAUAGAAGUCCCGUUAGAAAGAGAAUGAGGAUCAGAUCCCCUUCUCUGUAG